CAAGUAAUCAUCAUGGUGGUUGAUCACAGUGUUAUAUGUGCGAGGACAUUGGUCGGUUUAAUUUCUGAACAACUGCUUUAUUGUGUGAUAGUUUUACAUUGAACGAGCUUUAUAAUGAAGUUCUUCCGACAUGCAAACAGUUGAUGAAAUGUGAAAUUUGAAAUCUUCGCCAUUUGAUCGGAAUCGAAAGCAACCACUUGCAAACUCCUCUUGGGCCUCCUCUUGCAGCCUCCUCAUUCAAACAUAAAUUCUCCGACCUUGAAUCUCCUCCGAAUGCAUCUUCCACUGAAGCCGGCUUCUUAUCAUCAUCGUCACCACCAGCAGCUAGAACUUCGCCACUAUCAGCAUCACAGCGGCGGACAAUUUCAAUCUCUCGUACAACAGACAGCAAUCCCGCUCUUAUCUCAAUCAACAAUCUCGUGCAGCUGAUAUUGCGCACAGUAGUUCGACUCAUCCAACAGACAGUCUUCAUCUGUACUUCGAACGCGAUACUCCUCUGUUCCAGUUCAUCGUCGCGUCGUAAGGCCAUGUGAUUCGGAGAGGCGAAGUCAUCAUGAGUGACGACGGGGUUGUGAUGCCGGUUCGCGCCGAGCGAUGGUACCACAAGAUCACCGUGGAGCCGUCGAUGUUCCUGUACAUGAUGGCCUUCAUGCUGACGUCGGUGAUCGAGCAGGUUUUCUUCCUGUACAAGGCCUGCACGGUAAACCAUGGCUACUCGCACGAUAUCUGCAUCAACAUCGAAAGCUACCAGGACAUCAAGAAGGAGGUCCAGAUUACAACGUCGACGUUUCACAUGUGGAACAACAUAGCGAUGUACGUGGUCCCAAUCGUACUGGCGUUGUUCCUUGGAGCGUGGUCCGAUCGGAGAGGUCGGAAACUUCCGCUGAUUUUGGGGUUGAUCGGAAAAUUCGUGUACUCGGUGAUGAUCGUGGUUAACACUCGGAUGGAAUCGUGGCCCGUGGAGUACAUCAUCUACACGGCUACGAUACCAAGUGUUCUGACAGGAGCGGACAUCGCCAUCUUUGCGUCAUGUUUCGCUUACAUCUCGGAUAUCACAACAGUUGCGGAUCGCACAAUAAGGAUCACGAUCCUCGACGCAACAUAUCUGAGCACGAUGCCUAUCGGAGUUGCUAUCGGAAAUCUUAUCUACAAUCGUACUGCCCGAUCAUUUACGAUAAUGUUUGCGAUCAACGCCUCGCUGCUACUCCUGUCGAUCAUCUACUCGAUCAUACGGCUGAAAUCUCGCACCACCGACAGGCAGGUCUCGAUCACAGAGCUUCACUGGUACCGAAUGCCCGGUGAUUUCUUCGACAAGCAGCACGUCGUAACAUCGCUGAAAACCUUCUUCAAGAAGCGGACCAUGAACCGGAGGAUCUACCUCUACAUCCUGAUGGUCGCCAUGUCCUUCUACACAUUCCAACGGGACGAAAAGCCCAAAAUGUACCUGUACACCCAACUGAAGUUCAACUGGAAUGCCGAUCUGUACAGCUACUUCAAGACGUACCAAUCGGCUGCCUACGUGGUGAUGAUGUUUCUCGGAGUGCCGUUCUUCACCAAGGUACUGCAGAUGAAGGAUACGUUCAUCAUCAUGAUCGGCGCCGUGGCUCACGCCUCGGCCCGGAUCGUCUACAUCUUUGCCGAAGUGGAUUGGUUGUUGUACGUCGGGGCGAGCAUUUCCAGCCUGGGUCCGGUGGUGGCCCCGGUCCUCCGGUCGAUGAUCUCAAAGAUGGUACCCACGACCGAGCGGGGAAUCAUUUUCUCGUUUCUAUCGGUGUUCGAUAAUGCUGUGCCGCUGUUGAGCGGAGUGCUAUACACUCAGAUCUACAACGCAACCAUCAACAGCUUCCCGCAGGCGUUCUUCCUGUUGACCAUGGGAACCCAGAUCAUGGUACUGCUGUUGACGAUCGGUGUUCACAUAUCCCUCCGCGGGAAGACAUUCGAGGAAGGAACCACCGACAACGGGAAUGGGCUAAUCGAGGCAGAGAAGAUGCCAGCUAGUAUUGGCAUAGCUGCCGAAGAGAAUGAAUAAGGCGUGAUUAUCUGAUUCAGGAAGAAAGCUCGAUGCGAUGUGGAGUUACUUCAAUUCUCCUUCUUUGAUAAAACAGUACUACUCGUAGCCGGCUUGCUUUACAUGCAUUACCUUAGCUCAAUAGACUUGAAGCACGAUUUGAUAACUACUUGCCUUAAGUCAUUGUAUGCAGUAGACGUUCGCUCGGUGCAAAUGCUUUAACUGCAAGUCUACUAAGUGCAGCAGAUUUGCAGUUAUCGCACCGCUAUCCGUCAAAGUGAAAUGUCAACCGCGAUGCGAUGUUUUUCGCAUGCACUUUUGAUGCAAUGCGAUGUUUUCCAAAUGCACAUGAGUUGCAAGUGACAGUUCUUUGACGCCUGUCAGUUGUUGCAGUUAUCGAAUUUCUUUCGGUAAGUAAAACGUAAAAAUGUUGCAGAUAUCGAACGUCUACUGUAUUUUGAUAUUGUCAUGUUGAAAAAUCUUCAGCAAUAAAAUAUGUGUAAAAAUAAGUUUUUGAAGAAACAAGACUCCUCAAUUAGUGCUAAACUACACUUACAGUCGUAUACACGGUAGAACAAUAAUAAAAGACAAACUUUAUUUAACAAAAAAAAAAGAAAAAAAAAACAGCUAAACAUAUCGUAAUACGAAAAAUAUGAAAUGCCGAGUUAACUUGAAAAUCUUUUUAGAUUUGAAUUAAAAACUAUCGAUUAUACUCCAAUAACCCCGGAAUCCACAACGUUAACUGUAGAUGAUAGAGUUCAGGAAAAACAUUUUCGGGAGUUUGGAUUUUUUGUGGGGUAGAAUGGAAGUCAAACAUCAAUUGCUAUUUAUUUUCUUUUAAAUCCUAGUUCUAGCAGUAACUUUUAUUUCAUUAUUAUUAUCAUUAUUGUUACUUUAUUACAGGACCCAGGAAAUGAACCAGCUGUUACAUCCGUUCAUAAUAAAAGUUAAAAUUGAAUACAAA